UAAUGAGUUAGAAAUCAUAUAGCCUAGCAGUAUUUCUCACUCUUCAGUCCUCUCUUCAUGACAGUAGACGUGUUUCGCUCAGUGGAGCCCCAGUUAGAGAAAGAUAUGAUACCUGCAGUGAUAUUGGUGAUCCUGUUCUGGAGCACAGAUCUCCAGGCUCAAAGCGUCAGUCCACCAGCUGAACUCUCAGUCAGACUGGUGAAUGGAACCACUUCCUGUUCUGGGACAGUGGAAGUCUUCUACAGAGGAGAGUGGACAGGUGUAUGUUCUAAUUGGUGGAGCAUGAUGAAAGAGGUUAAGGUUGUGUGUAGAGAGCUGGACUGUGGGAAUCCUGUAACUGUAUCUAGAGGACCUCUGCUUGAAGAUGAAAGAAGAGGAGUCACGAUGUGGAGUUGUAGGAGAAAUGAGUCUUCUAUUAGACAGUGUGACAUCAGAGGAGGACCUGGUGGCUGUUAUGGUGGAUAUUAUCAUCAUGUGAUCUGUUCAGAGUCUGUGCGGCUUGUGGAUGGAGCUGGUCUCUGCUCUGGGAGAGUGGAGGUGAAGUCCAAUCAGUCCUGGGCCUCAGUGUGUGAAGCUGACUUUGACCGGCAGGAUGCAGAGGUAGUCUGUAGGGAUGUUGGCUGUGGGGCUCCUGCAGCUCUACAGGGGGGGCUCUAUGGAGGAGGUGGGGGUCAGACCUGGGAUAAAGAGUUCCAGUGUAAAGGCAAUGAGUCCCUUCUCCUGGACUGUGACACCUCAGACAGAGAGAACAACACCUGCCUACCUGGUAAUGCUGUUGGACUCACCUGCUCAGAGCCUGAUGAUGUGAGGCUGGUGGGAGGAGGCAGUCGCUGUGCUGGUGGAUUGGAGUGGUACGACCAGGGAGAGUGGAGGAUUGUGGGAGUUGGAGUGUGGAACCAGGAGAAUGUAGCUGCAGUAGUGUGUAGACAGAUGGGUUGUGGCUCCACUGUUUCAGUACUACCUGGAAACACCACUAGAGGGUUUAGAGUUUCCUGUUAUGGGUCUGUUUCUUCACUGAGGGAGUGUAUAAGAACGUAUGAUCUCCUUCCUGGACUCACAGUGAUCUGCUCAGAUCUCCUGGUCCAGCCUGAUAUCUUCCUGACUGACCCAAUGGGAGGGGUCUCCAGGGGCCACCAGGGGCCCGAGAUGUUCAGGGGCUACAACUUCACCAUCACCUGCUCCACUCAGCCACAGUACCCAGGAGGCUCCUUCCUCCUCACGUUCACCGGCUCCAACAGAACCCAGCCAGCUGUCAAUCACUCUGCUGCCUUCCUCUUCCCUGCUGCAGAUGACUCCCACCAAGGGAACUACAGCUGUGUUUAUGACAAUUAUGUUUUCUCUCAUAACUUCUCCUCUGAGAGUGAGCUCCUCUCCCUCACCAUCACAGCCUCUCCUCUGCCAGCCUUCAUCAUCAGACACGUUGUAGUGCUGCUGAUCCUACUGACAGCCAUCACCACCUCCUACCUGUACUACAAGCCCACCAGGAGGCAGAAGAGAGUGAACAGGGUGAGCAGCAUGGAUCUUUAUGUCAAUGCCAUGGAGAUGGUCUCUCUGAGCUCCAGAGCUGAAGCUGGACCGGGAGAGGAGAGAGCAGCCCAGGGGACGGAGUAGGAGUAGAAUGAAUCUGACCCUACAUUCUGAUCGUAGGUCAGUUUUGUGUUUUAAAUUGAUGGUCAGCAGUGGACUGGUGUUUAAAAUGUGGUGACAAAUCUGAAGUGGUUCUAAUUUUAAUAACAAGUUCAGAAUUAGUUUAUCUUUCUAGAACCUUGGAAGAAAUCUAAAAGGAGUGACUGCAACCACCAUUAUUCAUUUAGUUUGGUUUUUACCACCAGAGAAACAUGGGGUUUUGGGUAACAAGGUGUUUUGGGUAACAUGGGGUUAUAGUUAACAUGGGGUUUGAGGUAACUUGGGGUAACAUGGGGUUUGGGGUAACAUGGGGUUUGAGGUACCUUGGGGUAACAUGGGAUUUUGGUUAACAUGGGGUUUGUGUAACAUGGGGUUUUGGGUUACAUGGGGUUUGGGUUACAUGGGGUUUGGGUAACAUGGGGUUUUGGGUAACAUGGGGUUUGGGUAACAUGGGGUUCUGGGUAACAUGGGGUUUGGGUAACAUGGGGUUCUGGGUAACAUGGGGUUUGGGUAACAUGGGGUUUGGGUAACAUGGGGUUCUGGGUAACAUGGGGUUCUGGGUAACAUGGGGUUUGGGUAACAUGGGGUUCUGGGUAACAUGGGGUUCUGGGUAACAUGGGGUUUUGGGAAACAUGGGGUUUGGGUAACAUGGGGAUUCGGUAACAUGGGAAUUCGGUAACAUGGGGUUUGGGUAACAUGGGGUUUGGGUAACAUGGGGUUUGGGUAACAUGGGGUUCUGGGUAACAUGGGGUUUGGGUAACAUGGGGUUUGGGUAACAUGGGGUUUGGGUAACAUGGGGUUCUGGGUAACAUGGGGUUCUGGGUAACAUGGGGUUUGGGUAACAUGGGGAUUCGGUAACAUGGGAAUUCGGUAACAUGGGUCGGUUUUUAAUUAUUUUAAGAGAGCAGCUCAAUUACGUCUGUUUCAUGUUCCAGUAUUGCUUCUUAUCUUUAUUUUUUUGUCUUAUUUAGUGUCUCUUAGAUUCUUUAUCUUAUUUAAUGUCUCUUAGAUUCUUUAUCUUAUUUAGUGUCUCUUAGAUUCUUUAUCUUAUUUAGUGUAUCUUAGAUUCUUUAUCUUAUUUAAUGUCUCUUAGAUUCUUUAUCUUAUUUAGUGUCUCUUAGAUUCUUUAUCUUAUUUAAUGUCUCUUAGAUUCUUUAUCUUAUUUAGUGUCUCUUAGAUUCUUUAUCUUAUUUAGUGUCUCUUAGAUUCUUUAUCUUAUUUAGUGUCUCUUAGAUUCUUUAUCUUAUUUAGUGUCUCUUAGAUUCUUUAUCUUAUUUAGUGUCUCUUAGAUUCUUUAUCUUGAAGUGUUUCCAUUAUUAGUCCAGGUAUUAUUAUAAUCAUCUGUUCAUUCUUUGUAUUUUGAAACAUUUUUUAAUAAAGGGGUUUGUUGUUGUUUACCUCUCAUGAUGUUAUUGAUUAUAAACGUUAUGAUAUUGAUUAUGAUGUAGAUUAGUGUUAUGUUGUUAGUAGUAUAGAGAUAAUGAUGUUAUUGAUUAUAAAUGUUAUGAUAUUGAUUAUGAUGUAGAUUAGUGUUAUGUUGUUAGUAGUAUAGAGAUAAUGAUGUUAUUGAUUAUAAAUGUUAUGAUAUUGAUUAUGAUGUAGAUUAGUGUUAUGAUGUUGCUCUCUAAACUGCCAUGUAAUCAACUGGAUGAUUUUAAUAAAAUUACAGGCUGUCAA